AUAAUAAUAAUAAUAUUUAUUUUCUAUCCCUAAAUGUUCUUUCAUCUUCUCUGUAGAGAAAUCCCACACAGAGACCACCAACAGCCACAUCAACCAAAUUGGAGCAACAAGUGUUGUUCAAAUCCGAUAAAAACUUGUGGGUUUGGCUACGAUUUAAGAAAAGAUGAACAAUCUAAGAAAAUAGUGAAAAGGGAUUGUAAAGUCGAAGCCUUUAGGGACGUAUCAAGACCUGCGUUUGUGGAAAUGGAGCCUAUCAUUGAUGGUGAUCAUUUGGAUCUCAUUUUAGACAACACAAACCAAGGGAUUGUAAAGUACGACAGGAUUCACAAGCUUCAAUUCGUCUUCCCGUUCAAUCCACAUUUGUGGGGGUUCUUUUUUGUCGUGGGUUUUCAAUCCAUUUAGGUUGGGAUAAUAUCUCCAAGUAAACUGAGGAAGAAGAUGAUGGGGCACAGAAGUUUGAAUCAGGAGGAACAAACAUCCAACUCCUAUCUCUCAACAAAUUUCAAGACCAGAACUGUUGUUGAAUCGCAAAACCGAAAUGAUUUGUGGGUAUGUGUGUUCUCCAAACUCACUCAGUUUCCUUCCUAUUGGUCUGUGUUCUUGAAGCUCUGGGCAUGGCAGAUAGUAAUUUAACCUGAAAACAGAGUCACUUUGUUCGUCCAUUAACAGUUUGGUAAAUACAUUUCCUGGUUACAAUUUCAA